AGAUUUUAAGAUAAAUCCCGUCAUAGGAGGACUUCUUCAUUUGAGGCAUAGAAGUCCUUCUAUGCGACCCAAGCGACUAGGUAUAACACCCGAGCUAUAAAAUCGUAAUGGCCAUUGCAAGAAGAUUUGACACGAUAAUGGCGCUCAGGAUGGGUGUUUAUAAUGUCAUGCUUCUUGGGUUUGCAAUGGCUUGGCUUUCUUGCGUGGUCGAUGGUGCUUCACGUCGGCAUGUUUUCGAAGUAGGUAGCCGUGGUCGCCUUCCCGAUCAUAACACCAUCAGAACAGUUUUGGAAGUUGCCACCUCCAAGGGAGAAAUUAAGCCUCUCAACGAGACAGAAGCUGCACAGAGUAAAGAUUGCAGUAGAAAGUGCGAGUCUGAGUUCUGUACAGUGCCUCCAUUGCUAAGAUAUGGAAAGUACUGUGGGCUUUUGUAUAGUGGAUGCCCAGGGGAGAAACCCUGUGAUGGUCUAGAUUCUUGUUGUAUGCAGCAUGAUGCCUGUGUACAAUCCAAGAACAAUGACUAUCUGAGCUCAGAGUGCAGCCAAAAUUUCCUAAAAUGCAUGUCACAAUUCAAAAACGCAAAAGGACGGACCUUCAAAGGGAGCAAAUGCAAAGUUGAGGAUGUUGUGGAAGUUAUCACAAUUGUGAUGGAGGCUGCAUUAUUUGCUGGAAGAUAUCUCCACAAACCUUGACAAUAGAGCCACCCUUUCUACUUGUUUCUCAACGUUUAAUUUUUCUUUUUAAAUUAAUUUUCUUCUUUUUUGCAUAGUUGGAAAGAACUUCAGAUCAGCAACAAAUCAGAAAAGGAAAAGGCUUGAAAGAAAAGCAUCAAUUUCAAUGAAAAUUUUCAUCGGAGAAAUGCCACAAACUUAACCCUGAAGGACACCAGCUUGCAACAAAUCAAGCCCCAAUAUUGUAGCUCAUAAGCAGUAAUAAAUCAAGCCCCAUAUCUAUUAUCUACACCACUUUGUGUAAAUAUGAGAUCACCUGUUCAUCCUCAUGUAGAUUGACCACAAAAACGAAAAAAUCGACUUGGAAGGAAAAAAGAAAACGAAACAGUAGCAGAUAGUUUGGCUAAAAUUACAUCAAUUGCUCUAGAGGAGCUGUACGUGUUCUUGGAUCAGCCUUUCCCUCAUACUAUUCAGGCUUUACUUGAUGACACUGCUGAAGUUGGCAGAGCUAGAGUUGUAGGAUCUAAUUUUGCUUCCUCUAGUUAGUUUUCUUUACAUGCUUAGGCCGGCCCUUUUGGCCUCCUUGUGAAUAAAAAAUAAAAAAUAAAAAAUAAAAAAUAAAAGAAGGAGAAGAGGUUUGGUUUUCUCACCUCCUCCCAAAUCUAUCAAGAA